UUUUUCAUUCAUACUCUCCUUUUUGUAAGCUAUAAUGGAUUCUUCCAAAUGCGGGUCUGGUUCUGGUUCUGGUUCUGCUUCGAGAAGUGUUUGUCUCACAUGUGGGGAUGAAGGAGAUGCCAAGCUUCUUAUAUACUGCUUCAAGUGUCAUGAGUCUGCCGUACACCACUAUUGCCUAGAAAAAUUCUCCGUUGAUGAUGACAGUAUUGAUUGGAUAUGUUGGGAUUGUGCUCCCAAAGUUGCUAAGGUCGAAGGGUUGAGAAAGAGUGAGCGGAUAACCGUGCGAAAGAUUCGUGCUAUUGAUGGUCGAGUGGAAUGGAGAAGAAAGCUUAACAGUUGUAAACUAAAAGCUAAAAGAUUAGAUAAGGCUAAACAUGACGCAAGUGGAGCAGUCCAAUCAGCUUCUACCCAUAGUCCUUUUCAAGUUUUGCAAAAGGAGAAGCCUCCAUUUCAUGAAACUAAGGAAAACAACGACACUGUAGAACAGUGUGGAGAUGUAUGCUAUUCUGAACAGCCAAUUGAAUCAGUGAAAGCAGGGAACACUCCACUAGUAGGAAAAUACCAGGAGACUUGUUGUUCAACAUUGAACAAAGAGGAAGGUGGAAUGGUGGAAAGAGCUCAAUUAAGAGGUGACUCUUCUCUGCAAGAUCCAAAGAGUGCUCCGUCGCCUACCAAAAUUGGAAAACAACAAGAUAUGAGAAAGCCAAGGAGGAGGUUUGUCGUUUUUGAUGAUGACAGUGAUUCUGAGGGAGAGGGUGGGGCAAUUGGUGGAAAAUUUUCUUCUUCAUUCUCUGAUGAGCAUUAUUUUCCACUCAACAAUUCAUAUAAUGAACCUGAACUAGAAUCUGCGAAUUAUUUGCCUGCACAGCCAGUUAUUGAGCCCAUUUGGAGGGGAUGUUUUCUCUUCAAUAGAGAAAGUGAAACCAGUAUAAAUAUCGUAGCUCAUAUAUCAGACAAAGCCUGUGAAAAGGCAGCUAAAGCAGCAAAGGGGCUUCCAAUGAAUCUUGAUGUGAAAAUUCUGGCCAAGAGUGAUGUAUGGCCGAAGAGUUUCCUGAGGUCGCCACCAACAGACAACAGUAUUGCUCUGUAUCUCUUUCCCGAGCUUGAAAGUGAUGAAAAUGCUUAUGAUGCUCUGUUGGAAGAGGCAAUUGAAAAUGAUCUCGCAAUGAGCACAACGAUUGAUGACUUGGAGGUCUUGAUGUUUUCAUCUCGUGAAUUGCCACAGAAAGACUGGAGGAUUCGUCGAAAAUACUAUUUGUGGGGCGUGUUUAGACGCAAGCAACGUUCACAUCCAAAUAUACCGAUUGCUAACUUUGUUGCACAAACUAGCAGCACCCUGGAUGCGGCUCUGAGCUAUCAACCUAAUGAAGUGCAAGGUGCAAAUACGGAUAGUUCACCGGCCCAGAGUUUCAUGAGUCCCUUGAGCGUAUUGGAAGGUGUGAAUUCUGGCAGUCCUUGGUACCACUUCGCAAGUCCCUUGCGCUCCUGUUCUAACAGUAUUUCUACAAAAGAUUCUCCUUGCCAUCCUGAGAGUAGACUCAAUAGUAUGGAACGCGAGUGCGGUAGGAAUUUGGACACAAAGAACCAAGAUGUUGAACAGCAUGACAAAUGCAGAAUACAAGCAUCUGAUAUUUAUGUCUCUACACAAGGAAAUGGACUAGGUGAUGAGUUUGGUCCUUUCUUGGAGCCUUUUCAAUUGAAAAGUUGUCUUUCAUUUGCAUCAAAGGGGUAGGCUUCUCACUCCGAUGUUCAUACCUGUACAGCCCUCUUGGUCACCUAUCAUUGGCCUCGAUGAUUUUGAUUUUCUGAUUACAGUAGAAAAAGUAGCUAGAAUCAUAUGAUGCUGCUGGUACAGAUUAUACUAAGUGUUUUGUCUAUAUUGUUAGUUGUAGCUGGCUUCUUCAGAAUAGUUACUGUGUAUUGCAAAUUUUCCUUGUAUGUAGUACUUAUAUUUUCUAGACAUGAGUUUGGC